AUAUUGAGCUUUUUUCAUUUCGCCAUUACACAACAAAGUCUUUACAGUUAUUCCUAUUUUAUAAUCAAAGCUGCUUUGUAUUGGAAAUUACACCAUGUUUAGACAACAUAUGUACAUGUAUAACGAAAUAAUCAAAGGGCUAAUAAGGAUAUUUCCAUAUUGUAAGCCGUUAGCCGUCCCUUUUCAUAGCAGAGCUGUUUAUAUCGAUUGGACCUACUUCAAUGACAGAAUAGAAUGAUGGCCAUUCGUUAUGGUGACUGUGUACCGAUUGGUUUUUAACAUGCUGGCGGAAUCUUAUUUGAAUCGCGAUGCCACGUUACCUUGCUGAUCGCAUCGAUGGAGAAUAGGGAGGGAUUUUACGGACGGUUUAUCAAGAGUUCAACAGAACGAAAGUUUCUAUAAGGGGUUUAAAUUAGACUGUUCCACGCUAUUCUUGAUUGAACGAGAUGGAUCUGUAAUUUGUGAUUGAUUUGUGGGUGACAUUCUUUACUCUUAGGGGGUUAAAAGUUUUAGAGGACGUAAAAUACUGUGAUUGAUUUGUGGGUGAAAUUAUUUGUGUGUUUCUGUAUUCGUCUGAGAUUCUUACUCUUAAAGGAUUAUAAGUUUAAGAGGAUAUACGAUAUUCUGAACUGUGGAUUAGAAAAGUUUCUUGUACGACGUUUUGAAGUGAUCUGGACAUCAUGGCAUCUAAGUGUUGCUCCAAACAGAUAAUGUUUGCUGGUUUGAUAUUUUUCUUGUACAAAGCCGGAGAGUCGAUGUUAGAUGCCACGAUUCGUCCGUACAUCAUCCAAGCAGUUUGUCGGGAUAGAUAUCGUGAUAAUGUGACGAUUUGUUACGAUACAUCGAUGCAAUCGCAAGGACAACAGGAAGACAUACAGAGCGCAGCCUCCAACUAUUUGAUCUAUUAUCGGAUUCUUGUUAACGUCCCCGCCAUUCUCUUAGGCCUGGUGUGGGGAGCAUGGAGUGACCAUCAUGGCCGGAAGUUGCCCAUGAUGAUUCCCAGUUUAGGCAGUGUGUUCGCGGUGUUGUUAUAUGUGGCCAGUUUACGCUCCAUUGAUUGGACUCUUGUAUUGAUUAUGUGCGGUUCGGCAGUUCAAGGGAUAUUUGGUAAAAGUUCGGUUAUAACCAUGGCAGUGAAUAGUUACGUCUCCGACAUCACAGAUCAAGACAACCGAACGGGAUCACUAAGCCGUUUGCUGGCUAUGAAUUAUUUUGGGUUGUUCGUUGGUUCGCUUCUUUCUGGCACUCUGCAGGAAUACACAGACCUGAAGACAACAUUUACCGUAGUCUGUUUCCUUCAUGCUUUCUCAGUACUGACCACAGUUGCUUUCAUCAAGGACACGGAUCCAGAUUCUUCCAAGGAAAAGACACAGGAGAGCUCUUGUAAGGUGUGCACUCCCACGGGAUUACGGGAAUCUUUUACAGUUCAAAUGAAAUUGAGUAAAGUCAACUCCACCCGAGUCUUCACAACAUUAGUCUUCAUAACCCUGAUGAACCAAACAUGUAAAGUCGGAGAUCAGGAUGUCACGGUGCUCUUCGUGAAGAAGUAUCCUCUGGAGUGGCCGACGUCCUGGUAUGGAUACCUCCUCUCCCUGGACUACACGGCCAUGGGAGCAACUCUCAUGAUCUUGACUCCGGUGUUAUCAACCUACGGUAAAGUCCCGGACACGGUUAUAGUAAUUAUUGGUAUCUGCUGCAAGCUCGUGCGUUCUCUUUGGGCGGGUUUCUGUUACGAGACAUGGAUGGUAUAUUCAUCAGUUCUUAUCGGAGCUUUGGGAGGAAUGAUCGUAUCUGCAGUUCGAUCUUUAGUCAGUAAGAAUGUGGAUGAUAGCGAGAUAGGGAAAGCCUUCGCUGUUUUGGCCUGUGCUGAAACGGGGUCUAAAGUAAUCGGUUCCGUUGUAUUUAAUUAUGUAUAUGGAGCUACUGUUCACGUUUACGCUGGUUCGGCGUAUCUCAUGGAAGCUGGUAUCUAUAUGUUUGCGUUAGCUAUCGCUGUUUGCUUGUACAGAGAUCUGAAACUAUCUGGUGCCUACGAUCUCCUGAAGGGUAACUCCGAGGAGAAGAAGGGGGUUGUGGAAUAUAAAGAUUGAUGUGCUUAAUAUCUAGUGAAAUAUUUCGUGUGUGUGUGGGGGGGGGGGGCUUUAAUGCAUGUAUUUUAAAGGCAACUCCGGGGAGAAGACGCCGGGUUGUGAAAAUACAAAGAUUGGUGUUCUUAACAUCUAGUGAGAGAUCUGGCGUGGGCUUUAAUAUAUGUGUCUGGAUGUUAAUUCCGAGGAUAAGAAGGAUAUUAUGUGGAAUAUAAACGUUGAAGUUCGAGACAUCUAGUGAAGGAUUUGGAAGUUGAUGUUAAUGUGUGUAUCUGUAUAUGUGUAUAAUCACAAUGUCAAAAUAUUACCAAUUAUUAUUCUAAAAA